AUGAGCCAGAACGGGAUCACCACACUACUGAGAGCGGAGAAGGAUGCUCAGGAUAUCAUCUCGAAGGCGAGAAAGUACAGACAGGACAAGUUGAAACAGGCGAAGCUGGACGCCGCUGCCGAAAUCAGCGCGUACAAGGCGACGAAGGACCAAGAACUGCGCGACUUCGAGAAAAACAACCAGAGCGACGUCAAACAGCUGGAACUGGACGCCGAGAGGGAUAUCCAAACGGACUUGCAAGAGAUAGAGAAGACCGUCGCGGAGAAGAAGGGCGCAGUCGUCGACCUGCUCGUCAAGGCCGCGACCAACCCGGUGGGGGGGGUCCACAUCAACGCGCAGAAGUCGCACGCCUCGCAGAAGGCUUGA